AUACAACUUCCUUCACUUUGGGUUGAUGACUGAGAGAAGAAAUUAUUGGAUUGUGAGAUGCAAGGCCCUAAAUACAGGGCCUGUGAGAUGCACUGUGAGGCUACAUCAAGUCACAAGACGUGAAGGAACGACUUUACGAGGAACGACAAUUCAACUGGACGUUCUGGGCCCAACGAGGCUAUACGUCCUACACCACAAGUAACCACAAAUUUUGGAGCAUUUGACCCAUUGAUACACAUUGCAUCAUCAUCAACAGAAUAAAAUCAUGUCAACCUAUGAGGAGAAGCAUGUGCAGUUCAUCAGCAACCUUCCCGGCACGACGUUCUUGGACAUCGCAUCACUGCUGAUGCAGCUGCCGCUAUCGACCCUGGCGGUGGCCACUCUCCUUCCCCUGCUGUGGCCGAAUCUGUAUUUACCGACGAGAAAACUGCCCGAAAGAACAGCCGCACGACUGAGAGCUCUGCUGGAGUUCAGCAUCCUGGUGCUGCCGCUGAUCGGCUCCGUCACGCUCCUGGCCGACCACGCGCUCAGCCUGUGCUCCUUCCUGGCCGCCCUGGCGGCGCUGUCGGCUCUGGCCUGCGCCUCCCGCCGGCCGCUCGCCGGGUCUCUCACGGCCGCCCUGCGCCGCGCCUCCGUGGCCACUCCGCGUCUGCCGUGCGUCACCAACGCGCGCGCGCACCUGCACCUGGCCACGGCGCUCUGCAUCCUCGCCGUGGACUACCGCGUCUUCCCGCGCCGGCUGGCCAAGGCGGAGACGUACGGCGCCGGCCUGAUGGACGUGGCCGUCGGCUACUUCGCGGCGUUCCACGGCCUCACGUCGCCCGAGUCGCGCGCGCCGGCCGGCCGGCGGCGGCCGCUGGCGGCACGUCUGGCGGACUACUGGCGCUCGGUGCGCGCGGCUCUCGGUCUCGCCGCGCUCGGCGCCGGCCGACUGACGCUGGUGAAACUCUCCGGAUACCACGAGCACGUCUCAGAGUACGGCGUGCACUGGAACUUCUUCUUCACGCUGGCCAUGGUGAAGCUGGUGGCGCCGCUAUGGCUGGUGGUGCUGCCGGCGAGUCUGAGCGCCGUGCUGGCAGUGCUGGUGGCAGUCCUGCAGCAGACGGUGCUGGACGCCGGCGCUGAGAAAUGGAUCACCGCCGAGGGCCCGCGGGACGGGUCUCUGAUCGAGGCCAAUCGGGAGGCGUUUGUGUCGCUGCCCGGGUAUGUUGCGCUGUACCUGCUGGGUGUGGCACUGGGGACGUACCUGCGCCGGCCGCGCGCCGGCUGGCUGCGCUGGCUCGGCUGCUGCGUCUCGCUGUUUCUGGUGGCGGCCGGCCUGUGGCGCCUCUCGGCCUGUAUGGACGCCGGUCCGUACAGGAUCUCACGCCGGUUGGCCAACGGCACCUACAUCGUGGCGUGCGCCGCCCAGGUGCUCGGUAUCAGCUCAGUGUACCUGCUGGUGGACCUGAUCAUCACCCUACUGCAGGCGCUGGGUGUCAUCCCCGCCGGCACCGCCCAGCGCGUGCCCAGUCUAAUGGCCGCCUCUGGCGACAAGGGCCUCGCCAUGUUCUGUCUGGCCAAUCUGGCCACCGGGGGCGUCAAUCUGGCCACCCGGACGAUAGAGGCGUCUGACGCCACCGCCCUGGCCGUGCUCACCGCUUACAUGGCCGUGCUGUGCGCCAUUGUGGUGUGGAUGAAUACGCGACAUUUGUCCGAACAGCCGAGCGGCAAAGGGGGCGCCGAUGGGGAACGGAAGAAGAAAGAGAAAUAGCUUACUAAUUGAUUCCACGCGUGCUGGGGCGUUUCAUCGUCUGUGAUUGAAUUUUCUAGCCUAAUGCUAGCGCUCAAGGGCUCGUGAAAGUGUUUUAGUGUGUAAAAGUUGAUCGUUGAUUCUGCUUGCUUGUUUUGUUAUUGCACGACCGAACCGCGGCUUUGCUAACGUUUGGUGCUCCCAGAGCUAACCAUGCCUCCAAUAGCUGAAAAUGCAGCAAUGGACGUGUUCAAUGUGAUCAUAACUGUGCCUUCGUUCCGUUCAGUUCAGUGUCUCGCCAUUUGCACACGAUUCGUCCAUAGUCAAUAUUAUGCUGUGUCAUGUUUGUCAUUUUCAAAUGCAUUCCAUAACCAUGU